GGCGGCCGUAGUAACCAUGAUGACAGGUAUCGCGACGACCGAGACGGCGCCCGACAGCAUCUUGUGCAAGUCGUGCAAGCAGCUCGUGCACCUCGAUGACCUUGGCGACCACGACUGCUCUGGGCCACUGCUCUCGCGCGCCAACACGGGCUUCAAGUUGCACGAGGUACUGCCGCCGGUUCCUCCGCUCUCAGUGCCGCGUCCACUGCCGAGCAUGGCGCAACCGUCGCCAACCAAGUCGCUCACGCCGCGGUCGUCGGUCACCGAGUGGGCGUCGCUGAUCCAGGCGCGCAUCGCCAAGGUGCUCGUGACAGCCGAAGGCUACGCGGCGUAUGUGAUCGUGACGACGCUGUGGCCCAACGGCCCUGAAUUCACCGUCGAGCGCCGGUACCGCGAGUUCCAUGCGCUCGCCGAGACGCUGUAUGCGAUGCACCCGUCGUCGGCGCUGCAGCAACGGCUGCCCCCCAAGCUCUACUGCCAGCAGACGCGCAGUCUCUCGGACGGUUUUCUACUGCGUCGCAAAGUGGGUUUGGAAGGCUUCCUCGUCGCGGCCAUCGACAUGUUCUUGAACCCGUCGUCGGCCGGACCGUCGGCGAAGCGGACGUUGACACAGCUUCAUGUGCUCAACACGUUUCUCGGGCUUCCGGCCGCCAAGGACGUCCACGGUGCCAUGCAAGAGCUCAAAAUGCUCUCGUCGGCGCAUGGCUGGACGCUCGUGCACGCACCGUCGCUGCUCGAUAGUCUGUACGAAAAGACGAUUGAUGGUUUCAUGUCGCUCAAGCGCACGACAACGCUGCCAUUUCCAGCACGCGCCGUCUUUGACUUGCUCACGGCGCACCCUGGCUCGGCGUUUGCGGCGAGUACGAACCCGUUCUUGGUGCACGGCGCGAUCGUCCGUCGUGAGUCCAACCACGUCUGGGUCGAGCACCGCUUGUACCGAACGUUUUGGGGCUGCCCGCACGAAGAGCUCCAUAGCCUCAAGAGCUGGCGACUGGAAACGGACGGCACAAUUGUCAUUGUGACCCUUCCUGCGCCCGCAAGCGACGUGCCGACGGCGUCGCGGCAUCGCCGCGUCGACUGCGUCCUCCAAGGGUACCUCAUCCGCCCCAUGGAGAAGAACGCGUGCCACGUGACGAUGGUGUUGCAGAUGGACUACCGCCGCUUCUUUGGGUCGUUUGUGCGGCCGGCGCGCACGCUGCUCCUGCGCCAUGCCGCGGAGCUCAGCGCGAUCCAGACGCAUCUACAGCGCUCGUUUGACGCAGCUCACUACGAGGCCCUGGGUCCGCUCGUCUCGGCAGACGGGCUCAAGGCCCUCGAGUUGCACCUCGCUGACACGCAAAGCCUCUCGACGAUGGACAAGGACCCGAAAGUGUACGUGGUGUGCCAGCAGAUCGAGCCCAUGUUUUGCCUCCUCGUGCACAAAAACUCGAACCGAAACGCGCUCGUGCUCAAACUCAACAUCGACUUGCGGUCCCAUGACGACGCGCUGCGCUUGCACCCGAAAGAGCCGCUUCUCGCCGAGUGGAUCAUGUUUGAGAAAAAGAACAAUCCUCGGAAGGAACUCUCGGCCAUUGAGCGCAACACGACGUAUCAGUUUUCAACGCGCGCGAUUGGCCAAGGCGUCUUUCUUGUCGCGUUCUCGAUGCUGCGGGGCAAGGAAUUCCAGCUGCGCGUCGGCAAAGACGCAGGCUACAACCUCUACAGCACAGUCAAAGGCAAGCCCAACGUGCUCGUAAAGCGCCUGUACUUGACGUUUGCGCCGUCGCUCGUCGGCCUCGGCACCCUCGAGUCGGUGCAGAUCGUGGGCGACAUAGCGUCCGAGCUCGUCGUGCUCAAGUAGACGCACGACGCGCCGCUGUCAUCGCUUGCAUGUUGAUUUUCAAUGAAUUGUCUAGUCAAUA